AAUUUCUCCUUCCUCAACAAAACCUGAGCCACAGCCGCGACGAGCGGGGAGGCUCGCGGAGGAGGGACAGAUAGCGCCGCCGCCGCCUCGUCGUCCUCCUCGGCCGGCAUGCUGCUCCGCAUCCGCCCGCCGCCGCAGCCGUCCAGCCUAGCGUCCUUCCUCCCCUUCUCUCCCUUCAGGCGCUUCCUCCACUCGCCGUCGUGGCGCUCUCCUCCUCCUCCCCCUCCCCGCCGCCGCCGCCGUCUCCUCUCCACCGCCGUCGCCUCCUCCAAAGACCCGACAAGUCUUCAGGAGCGAUACGAUGUCAUUGUGGUUGGGGGAGGCCAUGCCGGCUGCGAGGCAGCGCUCGCGUCGGCUCGGCUUGGUGCGCGCACCCUCCUCCUUACGCUUAACAUUGAUCGGAUUGCGUGGCAGCCUUGCAACCCUGCGGUGGGAGGGCCUGCAAAGUCUCAACUUGUUCAUGAGGUAGAUGCCCUUGGUGGUGAAAUGGGGAAAAUUGCAGACAGGUGCUACCUACAAAAGCGUGUGCUAAACAGCUCAAAAGGCCCUGCUGUACGUGCGCUGCGUGCUCAGACUGACAAGAGGGAGUAUGCAGUUGAGAUGAAGAAAGUUGUCGAAAGUACAGAAAAUCUUUUCAUUAGAGAGGCAAUGGCUACAGAGGUUUUGAUAGGCCAGAACGACAGUGUUGAGGGUGUCCGCACUUUCUUUGGCAUGGACUUCUAUGCCCCUUCUGUUGUACUUACCACCGGAACAUUCAUGAGUGGUAAGAUUUGGGUUGGUAGGACUUCAAUGCCUGCAGGGCGGGCUGGAGAGUCAGCUUCACAUGGACUUACUGAAAAUUUGCAGCAGUUGGGUUUUGAAACUGACCGCUUAAAAACUGGCACACCACCACGAAUUGAUCGCAGGACUGUUAACUUUUCUGGAUUGGAACCCCAGCAUGGUGAUGAAGAGGUUGGCUGGUUUAGUUUUGAUCCUGAAUUCCAUAUUGAGAGGGACCAAAUGUGCUGCUACUUAACACGGACUACCAAAGAGACACAUCAAAUUGUUAGAGACAACUUGGAUAAAACACCAACUUAUGGUGGUUGGGUAGAAGCAAAGGGACCAAGAUACUGUCCAGCAAUUGAAGACAAGAUUGUAAGGUUUAAAGACAAAGAGUCCCAUCAGGUAUUUCUUGAACCAGAGGGCAGAGAUGUUCCUGAGCUUUAUCUGCAGGGGUUUUCCACUGGGCUUCCUGAGCGAUUGCAAUUAUCACUUGUGAGAACAAUACCAGGGCUGGAGAAUUGUGUGAUGCUAAGACCAGCUUAUGCUGUUGAAUAUGAUUACUUGCCAGCUUAUCAGUGCUCAAGGUCACUUAUGACAAAGAAGUUUGAGGGCUUGUUCUUUUCUGGCCAGAUUAACGGAACAACAGGAUAUGAAGAAGCUGCAGCUCAGGGUAUAAUUUCUGGAAUAAAUGCAGCUAGGCAUUCUGAUGGAAAGCCACUUAUCAUUCUUGAGAGGGAAAGCAGUUAUAUAGGGACUCUGAUUGAUGAUCUUGUCACAAAAGAUCUUAGGGAGCCUUAUCGCAUGUUAACAAGCCGUUCAGAGCACCGUCUAUUGCUUCGAGCUGAUAAUGCUGACAGUCGGUUAACUCCUUUGGCACGAGAUAUUGGUUUAAUAAAUGAUAGACGAUGGGACCUUUAUCAAUCAAAGCAAUCCAGGAUUAAAGAGGAAAAAAAACGACUUAAGUCUACAAAAAUCCCAGGAGGUGAAUUUUCUGCUGCAGUUACUGCUGUAUCCAACCAACCUGUAAAAGAAUCAUCAACACUAGAGGCCAUACUGAAGAAGCCGCAUGUACAGUAUAAACUUCUUGACGAAUAUGGAUUUGGAAAUGAACAUUUGUCUCGAAUUGAGAAAGAAUGUGUGGAGAUUGAUAUUAAGUACGAAGGCUUUAUAGCACGGCAGCAAAGUCAAUUGCAGCAGAUUGUAAAUCAGGAGCACAAGAAACUUCCUGAGGACUUAGAUUACCAAUCAAUGACAAAUCUGUCACUUGAAGCUCGUGAGAAACUUUCAAAGGUAAGGCCACAAACAAUAGGUCAGGCUAGCAGAAUCGGCGGGGUGAGCCCAGCUGAUAUGACUGUUCUUCUCAUUUGGAUGGAGAGCAACCGUCGCAUGGCCAACUACAAGCGACAGCAAAGCAUGCUGAGAUCUGCUUCGGCCAAGGCAGAUGAUUCUUCAGAUGAAGUGGUUCAUGCCAGUGCCACCAAUGCAUGAUAAUUUCCAGACGCGUGCGUGUGGCAGAAGUAGAACUAGACAGGAUGUGUAUAUUGAUGUGGUAUGCCUCAAGGUGCUUUUUGAUACUUGAAGGAAGGGGUGGUGUCCUCUGUCAGUUCUGGUGUUUCUCCAUACCUACGCUGAAUUGCUAAUGUGGUUUUAUAAUGUCGGAUCAUACUGGUAGGAUUAACUGUGCUUGGUAGUGGACAAGAAUGUAAAGAGCGACAAAAAUGAAAGUGAUACGGCAAAAUUUAUGUAUAUAUACAUCUAAUUCGCCAAUGCAAGGAAGCAAAAUGUCAUUUACAGAGAAGUGUGAUGUAUGUAAUCUGUAAACAGAAUGAGCAAACUUGUUGCAGUUUUAUCACUA